CACCUCUACAUCACAUGGAAACAGACACACAGUCCGUCAGCGCUAGUGUUUGACUCUCAUCACGUGAGGUGAGCAACAAACUUAGUGUUUUACUCUUCACCAAUAGAAGAGAGCAGCAUUAGCAGCAUUACUGGAGAUCUGAGUUUAAGAAAGUCUUUUGAGGAACUGCUGAGAGUAUCACACUGAUUUUCUGAACUCAACCCAUGAAGAAAUGAAGCUCCUACGGACAGUUUCUGUGUUUCUGCUGAUGGGUAAGUGCUCAAAGAUAAUACAAAUGUUUAUUGUCUAGAAAUAUGGCUUAUUUUAUCAGUGUAUGUGAGUAAAGCAGUGUGUGUGUGUGUGUGUGUGUGUGUGUGUGUGUGUGUGUGUGUGUGUGUGUGUGUGUGUGUGUGUGUGUGUGUGUGUGUGUGUGUGUGCAGUGAGCAGUUCAGUGUGUGUGGACAUUACAGUGACAGGAACAGAGGGAGGACAAGUGACUAUUAAAUGUCCUUAUGCUAAAGGAUAUGAAAACUCUUACAAAUACUUCUACAAAGGAAUUUACAGAGAUAGAAAUAUUAUACUAACAUCUUAUGGAAGAAAGUCCUCAGAUGGCAGAUUCUCACUGUGUGAUGAUCAUCAGAUGAGAACAUUUACGGUGAUCAUCAGAAAGCUGAGUUUAGCAGAUGCUGGACCGUACGGCUGUAGAGCAGGAUGGGGAGAAUAUAAACAAAUCCAGCUGAAUGUGGUCAGAGCUCCACAGAAAACAACACCGGUCCAGAUCUCAACCAGCACCAUUCGUCCGUAUACAAACACCAGCACUGACCACACCGGCACAGAGACUCAUCAAACAGAAGGUGAAAGGACAAGAACAAUGACAGGAAACACAGCAGAUACUCUCAGUCAGCCAGACACUAAUCUGGUUCCUGUCGCUGGUGGUCUGGGUUCGGUUCUGCUGGUUCUGGUUCUGUGUUCUGGAACAUUCCUCAUCCUGAAAAAGAGGAAAAGGAAAUCUGGGACAGCUUCAUUUCAGCAAAAUGUGCCUCACAACACGGAGACUGAGCGUAUGUAUGAGGAGAUUCCAAACAGUCUUGACGUCACCACAGCAUCUUCAUCCAAUCAGACGCCUGCAUCACAUCUCUUCACCCGCCCACAUGUCUGUACUGUUUAUGCCACAGUAACCAAUCAGCAGCCAGAUUCAAAUCUCCACCACACUCACUUGACCAAUCAGUUGACGGAUACAGACUGGGAUUAUUACUCCAAUAUUAAGUUUCCUGAAGCAACAACAGACAACAGAACAGAACUGAUCUACACAACAGCGACACAUCCGCAAAACAUCAAGACAAAAUAUUCAGUAAUCAGACAUAAAUAAAAAAGACUGUCAAACUUCUUCCACAGACAUUUGCACUUAUGUUACAAGACGUGAAGAAACAAAACUGCUAUAAGCUGCAUAUUUUUAAUGAAUCAAUAUUUUGACACACUUUUCUGAGUUUCCAGCAGUAUUUUGUUAACUGUAUAUUGCAAA